GCUCCAAACUUUGUUUAUGGGACAGUCCGGGAGCCGCGGCGGCCGCGCUGUCUGCUUCUCCUCCGCCUCCCUCUCGCGGGGCGCGAACGCCUGAGGCCAGUUCGGGGGAUGUGAGAGCCGAAGCCCCUCGGCUGCCAGGCUCCGAGUCGGGAUUUGCCAGCCGGGCCCCAGCUACAUCCCUGCGAGCUCGGGACGCACCCGAGCGACUGAGGCCCGACGGCGAGUUCGGGCGGGACGGCGGCUGCCGCACGCCCAGACUCGGCUUCGCUGCGCGCCCAGAAGAUGAAUCCGGCCUCGGUGCCCCCUCCGCUCCCGCCACCCGGGCAGCAAGUGAUCCACGUCACGCAGGACCUAGACACGGACCUCGAAGCUCUCUUCAACUCGGUCAUGAACCCCAAGCCCAGCUCGUGGCGGAAGAAGAUCCUGCCCGAGUCGUUCUUCAAGGAGCCUGACUCUGGCUCGCAUUCGCGCCAAUCGAGCACCGACUCGUCCGGCGGCCACCCUGGGCCCCGGCUAGCCAGCGGCGCCCAGCACGUCCGCUCGCACUCGUCGCCCGCGUCCCUGCAGCUGGGCACCGGCGCGGGGGCUGCAGGCAGUCCAGCGCAGCAACAUGCGCACCUCCGCCAGCAGUCCUACGAUGUGACCGACGAGCUGCCGCUGCCCCCGGGCUGGGAGAUGACCUUCACGGCCACUGGCCAGAGGUACUUCCUCAAGUAAGUCAGCUUGAAGCCAGGGGGGCACAGAGUCUCGGUGCCCAGGGUGUGCAUGCUUGUUGGUGUGCGUUGCGUUUGUGUGUGUGUGUUGCGUUUGUGUGUGUGUGUGUGUGUGUGUGUGUGUGUGUGUGUUCUGUGUGCCCUUACACGUUUCUUUCCGAAAGAUAAGGGAAACUGGAAAUAGGGAGUGAGUCUCUGGGUGUUGGAAUGGUAAAGGAUCAGAAGUAGAGAGUCUGGAAAGGUUCUUCCGGGGUCCUGGAAAUCCCAAGAGAUUGCCGACCUGGAAACUCAUAGAGGUAAGAGGAGAAAAAAAAAAGUUUUGGAGUGAUUCUCCUGAAACACAUAGGUUUCCCUGAAUCUGGAAUAUUGAUAUAGACUUCUGGGCACAAACCCUUACACCCUUACCUGUCCACUCCAAGUCAGAUGCCCCCGAGCCUGGUCCAUUGGGAUGUGACACGGAAAUAAAUUCGAGAAAAUUUCUGAGGCUUGGGAAAGAGGGGGACUCUUGGGAGUGUAGGUGGUCUGCAGGCUCUCCAUUCUUGGGAAAAGCAAGCUAGAGAAGCGAACACUGCCUGAUAGGCCUUAUUGCUCCCAGCUGAGUGAUGUAAUGACCACACAGCACAGUGAUGUAAUGAGCAACUCCGUGGUGAAGUAGUUGUGGGCUGGAAAAUCAAUUGUGUGGAAAUUGGGUCAGGAGUUUUAUUGUGUCACACUUAGUAACCUAAAAUACCAUCGAAUCAGGAGCCUGUUUUGUCAUUCUUCUUUCCUUCCACAUUGUUAGGGCUUUUUGAUGUAAUGACUUUUACAUUAGAUUCAAAUUAGACUGUACAGGAAAAUACAUUCACAGACAUGAAGAAGAUUGUUUCAAUUAUG